AUGAAGGCUCAGUGUUGUAUCUGCUCUGAUUUAUUUGAGAAUGCGUCGGCUGUGAAUAUAGCAGCUGUACAUUGCGGCCAUACAUUUCAUGAAGUAUGUUUGAUGCGAUGGCUGGAAACAUCAUCAACUUGCCCAAGCUGUCGUACUCCUGUGAAAAAGAACUUAAUCAUUAAGAGAUUGUUUUUUGAUAUAUCCGAGGAUUUUAAUGAAGAUGAGGACCUUGACAAGCUUGUCAAUCAAAUUGGAAACUUAAAAGCUGCGAUAAGUGAAAGAGAUAAACAGAAACAAGAACUUGUAGAGUGUAGAGAUAGUUUGACAGUGCGCCUGACAGCAUCAGAAGCAUUGUGUAAUGAACUGACAACUAAGGUUAAUCAAGAAAAUAACAUGCGAGAAGUCUUGUUAAAGGAUAUAAAGUGGCUUCAGAAAGAAAACUCUGCUUAUCUCACAGAAAUAAAAGAGUUUCGAAAGGCACAGGAAAGACUCUCUGAGCUUCAAAAUAUUGAUUUGGUUCUAAAGGGUUGUGAAAGUGACAUAAAAGCAAUGAUUAGUGAAUAUAUAGGUGGUGGAGAAUCUUCUAUCAAAACUUUAGCCAGUAUGGUCACAGUUGUAAAACGUGAGUACAGCAUAGUGACAGCAGACAAAAAGGAAUUAAUAGAGAAAGUUUCAAAAUUGAAACGUUCAGUCGGUCACUAUCACUCUGAAGCAAGGGCUCUAAAACAGAAGUUAAUGGAAAUUACCGCUGAGCUAGAAAGAAGUAAUGAUACACUUAAUAAACUGCAACAGGAAAACAAUCAGAACAGGAGAAAACUGGUUCACCUUAGAAAUGCCUUGAGAUAUGAAAAGACAGAAGGUAGCCAGAGUUUUCACAAAGCCAUAAAUGAGGACAGCCCAAAUGUGGCUUACACACCUCCUAGAAAGAGAGAUCAAGAAAAUUUUAAUACAACUCCAUUUAUACAUUCAGAUUGUUUAACCCCUGACCUUUUUGAGGACAAGCCAUCACCUGAGAAAAUUCAGAAAGAAAGCACAUCACCAAAAUUAAAACUUAUCAAAGUACCAACUGCUGCUGAAAAGUCACAGGUUGCUAAAAAACCAAGGUUAGAAUCUGAGAGUGAUGAAGAUUUGAAAAUUCCAAAAUCAAUGUUUUCCAUAUUGCAAAAAAAA